AUGUUCCAGGAAGACGAUUCUGAGCUGUUAAAUUUUGGAGGCCCGGAGAGUAACGAAAGGACAGGCCUGGGUGCAGAGUUACAAAAUGAAACCCACAGGAGGCUAGUAAACUUCCCCACGUCUAUGAAUGCAAAUUUUACGCGCUCCGUGUUGGACUUCCAGAAGAUAGAGCCCUCGUACUUUUUAACCAACGACUUGAGCAGGCGGCCCGCGGGGGAGGGAGGCACGUGCGAACAAAUCACCUUUGAGAAGGAAGUGAACGAGGAAAGAGAACACAAAAAAUUAAUCACCCUCUUUGACUUAUCGGAGGAACAGAAAGAAAAAGUCAACCACUUCAAAAUAAACAAGGUUUUACAAAAUGAAGUUUAUUUGAAGAGAAAUAAAGUUUUAAAAUACCUGAUUCACAUUUUUGUGUGCGACCUGCUCAGGGAGAAGCCGGACGACAUCUACGAAUUCGCCGCCUGCUACUUCACGGACCCGCAGUUGCGGCAGAGCGUCGCGCAGCGUCUGCGCGGCAUGCUUGGCGGGGCGUGA